UCGACCUAUAGAACACAUCGAUGGCUCAUGCAAUGAUGAAGGCAAUUCUACUAAGCAUCGUUGCUACAACGAUGCUCUUUGAAUUGGCUUUAGGCGCAGAUCACGCAGUAGGGGGAACUGGAGGGUCGUGGGACCAGGUAACUGACCUCAAGACAUGGGCUUCAUCAGAAACAUUUACAGUAGGCGAUAACUUAGUUUUCACGUAUACAUCGAACCACGAUGUAUUAGAGGUGUCCAAGGAUGAUUACGAUUCUUGCUCGAUAGCUAAUCCUGUUACGAGUAACACUGCUAGCCCAACUACCAUUGCACUUAAGGAUGCUGGAAGCCGGUAUUUCAUAUGUGGCACUCCUGGCCACUGUGAUCAAGGAAUGAAAGUUGAGAUUAAGACAGUAGCCGCAAGUUCCGGACCACCAACAACCACCACUCCUCCAUCAUCUGAUUCACCAACAACCACCACUCCUCCAUCAUCUGAUUCACCAACACCACCCGUUUCCACCAAAUCACCUCCAGCAUCUAGCGGCGAUGAACCUCCAAAGCCAUCAUCAGCGACAAUAGUAAAGAUGAGUGUUGUUUCUAUGGUCGGAAUUGGGUUCCUUAUGAUGAUGUAAAUUAACAAUCUUUUUAUUAUUUUGUGUGUGUUUUCUUUGAUGCAUAAUGUUGUGUUUUUUCUUGUAUUGCAAUUAGUUCUAUGUUUCAUAUUUAUUUACAGGGCUCGCUAAUAAAAUUAUUUCCUUUCUUUAAUGCAAA